AUGGCACCCCUUUCGAGAAUUUUAAUAUUAACUUUCAUUUUAAUCUUCUGGCAAUAUGCAAACUAUGUAAUUCCAUUGGACAUACUAUACGAUAAUGGCACUAGUCAGAAUGGUUCACUAAAUAUAAUAACUGGAAGAUCACUAAUGAGUGAAACUGAAAUGCGCAGACCACAGAAGAGUAAAUUUCUUGCUAGUCCUAAAGGAGGUCCUCCUGGAAAUACCGCGUUGGAUGGAAAGUCUAAAACAUCAAAUUCGAAGACUAAAUCAGAAGAGUCACAAUGCACAAAGAGCAAGGCGAUGAAUGAAAAAAUGAAAAACGGACGCAAAGGAUUCUUCAGUAAAUUGGCAUAUGCUAGUAAUAAAAAUAAAGAAUGGAUAUUUCUCGCAUUGGCCAUUAUAUUUUUUUAUCCAGUAGCUCUGUAUUGCAUAGGCUUGUUCGUCAAAACUUAUAAUACCUUACCACCCUAUUCAUGGACUAUAUGUUACAUUACAGUUCCUAUAAUUAUGGUAUAUAUAUUAUUGAGCGCGCUUGUGGGAACGUGCUCUUGGUGGAAAUGA